CAAAGGCAUUUGCUGCGGCCCUAUCUCCAGAGCUCGCUUCUGAAGCCAGAGGUAUGCUGCGACUGCUGCCCUGAGCAGCACCCUACCUGGAGCCAGGCUCAGAUAACAUCCCCAGCUAAUCACAAAGCAGCAAGCACAUAGGCCUCUGCUGCGUCUGUAAUCACUCAAAGGCUUCAGGAAAGGAAGGCGCUAUAGAUGCCAUGUGUUGCCUGAGCAACACUCCUCCCCUUUGGCUAAGCUGCCAACAGAAAAUGCCAGCAAACAAUGAAACCAAAUGGGUAAACCCAAGGACUGGGCUCUGCUGCUAAGACACGGGAAAACUUUUUUGUGAACUGUUUUUUUCCUGCCCAGAGCCUUGUCCUCCUUACAGCCAGCAUAACACAGACACCAGACUUGUGUCUUCUGGUACCGGUAUCUGGUUUCUGGAAGCCAAACCAGGAUUUGAGAUUUUAGUUUAAGGCACUGAGUGCCAUUACUGUGUAGCAGGAGUGAGAGAGCAAGCAGGGAAUGGCUGGCUGUGAGCAGGCUGGGAAGCCAAGGAAGAAGGCAAAGGAUUUAACAGUGAAGGAAGACAGGACCAAUUUCCUUCAACUCAUCCUCAGCCGGAGAGCAAUCCAGGCCAGUGAGGAAACGAAAUCUCUUCUCCACAGGCUGAUAUUUCUGGCUAAGAUCUCCCCAGACCUGGCUGACAAGAGGAAUUUAGCAGAGUACUGGGAGCACCUGUUCCUGAGUCUGCAGCGCUACUACCACGGGGAAGGUGUUACAGGCCUUUUGCUGCUCUACCCAACCUACGUUGUCCACACCGUGGAGUCCUCCAGUGAUGUGCUUUACUCCAUCCUGCGGGACCUCAGAGACAUGCACCAGCAUGGGCAGAGGGCCCUCGUCCUGGAUCCCAAGAUCCUGGUGGUGUCCCAUAAUAUCCCCUCCAGGCUCUUUCAACAGUGGAAUUACAAGGUGCUGAAUGUACCGGGAAGGCACCUGGGCUAUGACACAUCACGUGAAGAGCCUCUUGAGAGCAUCAUUGGCGAAUGCGUGGCAAUGCUACUGAAACUGGGCAUGCACCUGUGGAAAUACCCCAAGAGCCCCCAGAACCUCCCUGACGGGGUUCUGCAGAAGGUCCCUGACUUGAUAAUUCCCCAGGACACCAUCUGUCACCUCCUAGAGUGCAGAGAUCUCCUGAGCCCUGACCAGUUCCUGCAAGCCUAUGACUCCCCCUUAAACAUCCUCAUGGACUCAGGACGUGCAUUUGGAAGUGACAAUACAUCUUCUGUGUAAGUUUCUUUGCAACACAAAGAUUAUGUGUGGCCAUUGCCUGAGCACAUGAAGCCCUGCAUGGUGACCUCUUGAAUUGAAAUGUCUUGGGAUGUAAAUAUGCACUGAGCACAGCCGAUGCCAGAGACUUCUGGGCAGGGCCCCGAGCAUGGAACAUGCAGAGAUCUGACCAGACAGUGCUCAGCAUCCAGAUUACAGGGACUGGACCCCCUCCCAGUUCCACAAACUGACUAGGAAGAAACUCUGCCUGCCUGGGGAUGCCCCAAACAGGGAACAGCCUGAUUCAUUAUGAUCAAUGUUCCUCCAGCCCUGAGCCCUCCUGGAAUAUUAAAUGAAACCAAAUGCUCCUCAUCUCAGUUCUCCCUUCCCAAAGCCCUCCCUUGCCUGUAUGACUCAUGGUGCAGCCUUUACUUGCAUAACAGAUUCUUGCUUUCCACCAGGCCCUUCCUCCAUCAAGACGAUCAGGACUCCCUGGCUUCAGCAGGAAGGGAUUAGGAGCCUCAUGUCACAGGAGAGUGCCCCAGAGAUAAACAGAGGGUGCUAUGGUUUAAGCAGAGGCACUUGAUUCCCUUUAACUGAGGCUGUCCCACCUUGCGUGGAACGCUUGAACAGUCACUGAGCCAGAGCAGGAGAGAAUGUGUCCGGGAGGGAGCAUGCUGCUGUCGUGUAGUAGUGAGGGCACUGAAUAUUUAAUACAAAAGUGACAUACUCAGUGGAGAAGGGCCUGGAGCCCAGCGCUCCCCCAUCUGAAUUCCCUAACUAGUAGACUCGAGCUAUGCUCUUUCUUCGUCAGCCGGUGAAUAUUUAAUUAGCACAAAGUGAAACAGCUGCAAGCAAGAGGGAAUGAGAGCACUAGUCUCUGGAAUGCUGAAAGUCUGGUGGUUAAGGCACUCCCCUGGGUACUUUUAGGGGCUUUUCUAUUACUGCCUUUGUCAGUCAGAUAUUGUGCGACCUAGAGCAAAUCAAUUCACUUCUCUGGGCUUCAGUUUGCCUGCCAUUCAAUUGGACACCAGGCAAGUUGGGUUAAUUAUCUUCAUUUAACAACAGGGUGGGAAACUAAGACACAGAUAGGCUGGUUGCUGCUGUUGACACUACUGCUGCAGCGAGUGUGAUGUAGAAACUGAUGCCAUCUGCACAUGGUUCGUUACCUGCUGCCUGUCGCUGUUCCUGAGCAUGUGCAACUCCUGUGUCUGACCUCUUGUGAACAGGAAGCCCUCAACGAUUAACCUUUUCAUCAAUGAUCUAGAAGGAAAAAUAAAUACUCUGCAACUAAAAUAUGUGGGUGGCACGAAGACUGGCAGGAUAUAUCACCCUACUCAUGCUUUGCCAGUCAUACCGAGCCACCCAGAUCAAAAAACAACCCCUCCCCUUCCUCCCGCCCUCCACAUAGGUCACCAAUGUAGGACCCAUGGAUGCAGGCCAUGCCAGUGGAAUGGGGAACUAUACUGUGGAGAAAAGUGACACUUGUAGGAGUUUUGGUUAUGCUAGGCCAUAGUUCUGCUAAGCUAUAGUUAAGGUAGGACACCACAAAGGACCUUGGGAGUAACAGGCUUCACUGACCAUUGGAGGACCUGGUAAAAGAUGCAGUCAACAAAAACUCUAAUUCAAAGUAAGAAACAAUAGCUGAACAAGUUGAGGAGUAAAAAGUUAGAACUCGCUAUUAAAGUAGAGAUAAUGAGGUGAGCUGUAUUUAGCUGGGGUAAGCUGAAGAUACUCAAAUUCAGUUGGGAGGGAGCUAGAAAAGCCCAGACUCAUCAGGGAGAGAGCUCUAGGUGCCCAAAUUUGGACACGGAGCUACAGUUGGCAAGGAAGGAACUGCAGGUGUCUGGACUUGGCAAAGAGACAAGUAUAAAGGGACAUCUCAACAGAGAGAGAGAGAAGAAUUGGCACGGAGAGGGGGAAUCUUGGCUAUAAAACCAGGGGUUACCCUUUUGUCUGUACACAUAAUGUGUUGCUUACCAUGGUCUCGGGAGUUUUGCUGAGCCAGGCUGAUUGCUGUAUGGACCCACUAUCGCCCUAAGAGACAAUAAACCUAUCUGAGCUUUCACCA